GUGUGAAUUAGGUAAUUCAGCUCGCCCUCCCUAUUUUCAGCUUGAAUUAUAUAAGGGUUACGAUGAUUUGGAUGUUUUUUUCUAGCCGUCUAAGUGUUGCGUGGCCCCUGAAUAUCCUACCGUCGACACCACUCACCGCAAAUACAUAUCGAGCCGGCUAGUCUAAUCCCAGCUCCCAGAGUAUAACAUGCAAACAUAUACCUCCGUGAUAUUUAGAACGGGACUUGGCUUUGUGAUUCACGAUGCAUUUGCGUUUCUCCUCACUAUCAACACUUCCGGCCCUUCUACGACCACAGCAGGACAAGUCGGACGUCGAUCUCUCACUGUGAGGUCUAUUACGUAUUUUAAAGCUAUGGUAUUCGUCGAGUUGCUUUGUGGUACCUUUUUGGACGGAACGGUCCUCGUCAAUGCGACACGAUCAAUAACGUACAGGCUACCCUUGAGAAGCCCGCCGAAAAGUUUGGUUGUCAGGUGUGAAGUUGAGUAUUCCCAGGAGCCUCCAGUUCUUCUCCGCAUUCAAUCCUCCCAUUGGCUCCCCGCAAAUAUCAAUCCUCCAACUGAAUGGCCAGCACGGCCAACGUUGUAUUCCGUAUGGUCCAGUAGCCCUUACGCCCUGCGCCGUAAGCUGGAACGCGCCAACUGAGGGGCUGCAUUUGCAUAUGUAACCCACUAUUAAGGUACUGUGCUCAUCGUUCUGCUUUUCUGCUUUUAUGAAUGAAUAAUAGUCUGUAUCGGGUAAUUUGGCACGUAUUCGCGUCGGAUAGAGGACAUCGAGCCAGAAUCAUUCCACUUCGUUUCGAAGUUCCCGUUACCAUCUAAUGUAUGCGCACUAAGU